AUGUCUGAUUUUCCAAAUAUACCUAGAUUCAUAGAUGAUACAGAUUCAAUUAGGAAUAGUUCACCAAGAAAGUCGCUACGAUCAUCUCCUUACAAACACAAAUCAAUUGAUCAAAAUAUAAAAGAAGCAUUAAAGCAAAAUGGAAAUAUUGAUAUAAAUGCAGAAUAUUUAAAUAGAAGUUAUUUAGAGUAUAUAAUUAAUUCAAAUUAUGAUGAAGAUGAAGAAGAAGAAGAAGAAGAAGAAGAAGAUGAUGAUUAUAUUGCAAGUGAAGUCGACGAUGAAAGUGAGAUUACUUAUUUAGAUGAGGAAGAAUUUUCGGAAGAUGAUGAACCUGAUAUAAUUAGUCCAAAAAGAACAGUGGAGAAAAUAGAAACUCCAGAAUAUGAUGAAGAUUACGAGACAUUGAGACAACGAAGGAGGAAAUCUGAUUUUGACUUACGAGAAGUAGGAAAUGUAAAAGAAGAAAAAUCGAAAUUCGCAAGGCCGGUAUAUUUAGGUUUUAUUUCAUUUGUUUUGACUAUUCUAAUUGCUAUAUUAUAUUAUCUAAGUCAAUAUCCAAUAAGUAUCAAGAUACCUGAUAUAAUAACGAGAGAUUAUGAUUCUCAAAUAAGUCAAUUAAAUCAACAACUAGCCAACAAUCAACAAAUGAUCCAAAAUCUACAACAUGAAAUGAACAAAUUUAACCAGAAACUAUCAACAGAGUCAGCAAUUAGUAAUAAGAAUGGCCAAAUUCAAAUCCUGCCUGAUUUUCAUCAAUUCUUAUCUAAAUUCAUACACAAUUAUCAAAAUUCAGAAAUUGAUAAAAAAUUAAACCAACUAAAAACUGAACUCACAAAGGAAAAACAGCUUAAACCAAUUCCGGAACCAAUAUUGCAACCACCAAAAGAAGAAUCGAGUGAGUAUUAUGAAAACUCUCGACUCAAAUUCAUUUCAGAGAGAUCAAAUUUCAUAAAUUAUGCACCGUAUCAACAAGGUGCCCGUAUACUAGGCUUCCUAACAACAAAACAUAACAACACACCAUUAUUAAACAAGUUGCUUUAUGGGUGGUGGUAUGAAACUAAUGAUGAAUAUAAUGCUAAUCAUAUUAUACUAAAUGAUGAAAUUGAAUGGAAAGAAGGAGAAGAAGUAGGUAUAAGAUUAAAUAAACCAAUUAUCCCAACUGAUAUAUUACUCACCUGUCUGGAUAAUGUGGAGGUGAAAAUUGGUUUUAAACCAAGUAAGAAAAUUGGAUUUGAUUCAAUACCCUAUGACAGUUUUGAAGGACGAAUCGCAUGUAAAUUUAAAAUUAUAAGUUCCGUGGGUUUAAAAGGUGGAAUUAAUCAUAUUAAAUUACCUAUUGAAUUUAUUAAUUUUGGUAUUGAUGGACAAGAUGUUUAUUUUCGAUUUGAUAGGGUGGUUAAUGUUGGUGAUUUGAAAGUUUACGGUAUUGAUUUGAAGAGUGUGUAA